AUGUCCCAACACGUAUUCCAAGCCCUCCCCUACGACAUCCACUUCGAAAUAGCAAAGCAUAUGCCAUAUAACGAAAUUCUCAAACUAGCAGCAACAAAUCGGCACUUCCGCCGAGCCCUCAACCCAAGGGCAAUCUUAGGCGCCGAAGAAGCCCUCGAAUUCGUCACCGAGCGCGAUGGACUCCUUCGAAAAAUAGGCCACGAGCUCUUCGCCUGCAGCAAUUGUCUGAGAUUACUACCUAAAAAGAAGUUUAUCAAGACGAAUAGCUUCUACGAUAUCAGUUGGUCGGCAAGGUUCUGUCUUGACUGUACGGGGACUUUAAAAACGCAUCGCCAUUUAGUGUCAGUUGCUGACGCGGAUGGAAAUUUGAGAUAUUACUUUUGUCAUAAUUGUGGAGAGUAUCGAACUGAGUCUGAGAAGUGUCAAGGAAAGAGGAUUGACUCUGAUACUAAGAAAGCUGAGGUUGCUGAGGCGUUAGCUCUCUGUGCGAAACCACGACGGGAAAGACAGGGCAUUGAGAACCUCCCUGUACACAUCCUGGCCAAGAUAUCAUCGUUCCUUGGCUUCACAGAUGUUCUGCACCUCGCACAAGUUAGUCGCACGCUAAACGAUACCGUUAAGCCGAAUCAAUGGAUCCCGCUACAUGCACGAUACCAAUACGUCCACGAGAAAUGGACAAAAGAUGUUCAGAACACGAAGUUUGACAAGAUUUCAGCUUUCCCUUGCUACGUAUGCUGCAGGAUCUACCCCAAGAAGAAGUUCACAGAGAAGCACAUAGACAUGGUCCAGGAAACACCUGAGACGAUAUGGAAGAUGCGUUGCCACCACUGUGUAUGGCGCAUGGGAAUAAGUCCCAUGAGCGUUGUACGUAUAGAGCAUCGACGAAGAGAGAUGUGUGAGACUUGUGGCUGUAUCAAGUACGCACGAGACACAUGUGGUCGCUGUCUAGAAUUGUAUAUAGAGGGAACUAUUGACAGGAAGACGUUGCAUCCACAAGAGGGGGAGGUUGAGGAGAGCUUGCUCCUGCUGGAGGGUCUUUUUAUUCAGGAAAUUGAAGAGGGUGAUGAGAAGGGGAAGAGGGAUAGCUUGGACUCCGGGGUCUGUCUACAAGAGGGUUAA